GUUGUUCAAUCUAAUCUACUUCACGCACAAGUGAUAAGUUCACUGGUACUCUGUGAAGAUUCAAUUUUCAAUACAUUGCAUCAUGAAGAUCUGCGUUUGGUUAUUGAUUGCUCUGGCAAUAACCCCUAAAGGUGGAGAAUCCUCCCCUCCAACGGGAAAGGUAUCGUCUGACUUAUCAUUUAAUUAAAUACUUCAGGAUUUUCUUGAUAACAACUAUAUCAUGUUUCAACGUGGCAUUUUAUGUCCAUUUUUCUUCAAAGAAAUUACACAAUUAUAUCGAAGAAAAGGACUCCACUAGCGAUGAACAAGGUAUGUUCAACAAAUGGUAUAAGAAAUUCGGAGACAGUGUAACGAAUAGCACUAACCCUAACUCUUACCUUGAAGCUUGAAAAUAAAAAUUUGUAGAUUCGAUUGGUGUAAUUCCCUUUUGUUCGAUAGUCUCGUCUUUGCUCCCGAGCUACCUCUCUCCAAAGGUCGCGAGGAAGGUACACUGGCAGUAGAGGGCCUAUGCCUUCAUCUGGUGCAAACUUAAAGAAAUACACGUGCAUACCACCCCAGUGCAAAUGCAAACACAAGUAAAAUCAUCGCCGCAAGAGAUGGAAAAUGUUCAGUUUCUUGCAUGUUUUUAUCUUUUUUCUUCUAACCAGAUAAUUUAGUGACGCGGAAGGAGAGGAAUGUUGCGCAAUUUGGCGCCAUGAUCGCUUGUGAAGUUAAAGAUCUGAGAUCGCCAGUCCUUAACGGCUACGGGUGCUUCUGUGGAUUAGGAGGGAAAGGGAAACCUCUCGACGAGAUUGACCUGUAACUAUAAAUAUUCUAGCCUUGUAAAGUUUUCAGGGUCUAAUUCAGAAGUAGCUGUAAAACACAUGUAGAACUAAGUUUUAAUGGACGGAACCAAGGAUAUAUUGUUAGAAACGGCUAUAAUCGACGCGUUUAACGAAAGAACACAGAUUAUCUGUUCUCUCUAUGGCUUUAGCCCCCCCUACACCAUGAUCACAAGAAGGACGACGUUUAUCAACAGAUGUGGAACCUUAUUUGCACAUUUCCCAAAAAAACUUUAGACGUUAAUCACCGAUAGGGCAUUGGCCCAAUUGAUCACAUGUUACGUUAACCAGUGAAAGAAAUCUAUAGCAUACGAAACUGUGAACAAAAAUAAAACAAAGUAAAGAAAAAACGAAAAAAAUAUCAAAACAAGCAAUCAAACAAACGAAAACAGCAAGAAAACAGUAUUUUAUGCACAAAAACCCUGCGAGAGAGGUGUAAACGUUUUCUCAGAUAUCUUAAUGCCUGUCUUCUUUGUUCUGUAAUUUUUCUAAAGCUGAUUUUCAACUCUUUCUUCGUUACCGAUAUCAUAAACUACAAAACAAUGCAUGAUAAUAGUUCUUUUCACAUAAUCUCUUCGUUAGAUGCUGCUAUGUCCACGACAAUUGUUAUGGCGACAUACAAAGAACAAAGAUGUGUGGCCCAGAUCCUAAUGCAGUGUAUUAUGUGACAUACCGGACACAGGGGUGCAGCGGCUGCAGUAAGUGUACUUAUCAAUCACAACCUCAGGGUUCAACGUUUGAUUUUCAAGAUGUGCCGGGGGGGAGAUAAGAGUGUUAGUGGAAGGGAAUGCCGGUUCAGUGUACUGCUGGAUAAUAAAACUCUCGAGAUCCAUUUGCAGAUACUGGCUGCGUUUCAGAAAUACUAAAGGUUAUCAAUGGAUAUAUGUUACUUUUCCAAUUCAGGAGGAUAUCAUUUCCUGUGGUUCCUCGGAUAUGGAAACAGCAAGUGUCAGAAGAAGCUCUGCGAAUGCGAUGGCGUUGCGGCCCGUUGCUUCAAAAGCCACUUCUCGAAGCUGCAAGAUCGUUACAUAAACUAUGAUAAAUCAAAGUGUUAGGAAUCACCUCGAGCUCCGAAACUCUUUCUGCAUCUGAACAAUAGUAAAAGAUAUGAAGUGAAAUGAAUAGCAUUUUCAGGAACAUGAAAUAAACUUUAGUGGUAGCUGUACUGAAAAACAAUUUAUCUAAUACUAAUACAAUGUAUCAGAAAUAGACUGAUUUCCUGAAAAGAAGCCUAGCUCAGCUGAUUUUUAAG